CAAAGCGAAACAAGACGAAGAAGCCUCCAAAUCGCGGGCGAUCCCUCCCAAGCUCCUCCCAUCCUCGCUCCCUUCGUCCUCUUCCUCCCUUGCCUAUAUACAGAGAGGACGGAUUCGUGGUGGUGCCGCGUCCGAGGAGCAGAACCAGAGCAGGAGUCAGGCUGAGAAAGAGGUGGUGCUGUGGUCACAGAGCUGUUUGAGAAUCCGGCGAUGGAGUGGCUAGAUGAAUACGAGAAGCUGGUGAUCAGGAUGGACACCCCCAAGGUGGUCGUCGACAAUGCGGUCUGCCCCACGGCGACGCUGGUCCAGGUUGACAGCGCCAGGAAGAGGGGCGUCCUGCUUGAGGCGGUACAGGUGCUCGCCGACCUCGACCUGUCGGUCAAGAAGGCCUACAUCUCGUCGGACGGCAGGUGGUUCAUGGACGUCUUCCAUGUCACCGACCGCCUCGGCCGCAAGCUCACCGACGACAGCGUUAUCUCCUACAUCCAGCAGUCUUUGGGGACCUGGACCAAACCGUCGCAACCGUCGGCGCUCGAGGGGCUGACGGUGCUGGAGCUCACGGGCGCCGACCGCACGGGGCUCAUCUCGGAGGUGUUCGCCGUGCUCGCCGACAUGGACUGCAGCGUCGUGGACGCCAGGGCCUGGUCGCACCGCGGCCGCCUGGCCUGCCUCGUGUACCUGCGCGACGAGGACGCCGACGCCGUCCGGGUGGCGAGCAUCGAGUCCCGCCUUGCCCCGCUCCUCCGCGGAGACUCCGACGCCUGCGGCGGCGUGGUCGCCUUGCCCGCCUGCGCCGUCGCGCACGCCGACCGGCGCCUCCACCAGCUCAUGUACGCGGCCAGAGACCAGGACCGAGCGUUCCCCACUCCGUCCGUGUCCGUCGAGAGCUGGGCCGAGCGCGGGUACUCGGUGGUCACCGUCCAGUGCCCGGACCGCCCCAAGCUGCUCUACGACGUCGUCUGCACGCUCACCGACAUGGACUACCUCGUCUUCCACGGCACCAUCGACACCAACUGCGGCCAGGCGCGCCAGGAGUUCUACAUUCGCCACGCCGACGGGAGCCCCAUCAGCUCCGAGCCCGAGAUGCAGAGAGUGAGCCAAUGCCUCCAAGACGCCAUAGAACGGAGAUCGUUCGAGGGAGUGAGGUUGGAGCUGUCUACGCCAGACCGGCCUGGGUUGCUCUCAGAUGUCACAAGGACAUUCCGGGAGAAUGGAAUGCUCGUCGCGCAGGCCGAGGUGUCGACCAAGGGCGACAUGGCCAGCAACGUGUUCUACGUGACCGGCACCACGGCCGGCCAGGCCGUCCACCAAAGCGCCAUUGAGGCCGUGAGGGAGAGGGUUGGCAUUGACUGCCUUGUCGUCGAGGAGCACCGGCCGCAGCUCUACCAAAAGACACAGGCAGACGACCGGGAUGACCGCAACGGCGGCGGCAUUGGUCUAUUCCAUCUUGGCAACUUCGUGAAGAGGAAUCUGUACCACCUGGGCCUGAUCAGAUCUUGGUGAUGCCCUGUUGCUUCUGCGACACUCGACAAUCUUUCUUUGUACAUUGAAGAUUCUGAGGGGCAAAGAUGAUGUGACAAGAUUCAGCUCAUCCAGCCUGAGAAAGGUCAGACAAGCAAGGCCCAUUCUGAUGAAGAUAAAGAGUUGCCAGAAUGUUGGUGAGGUGAAACAAACGGUGAAGAUGAUCCAGAAAAAGCCUGAGCUGCACAAGGGGGCAGGAUCACGAUCAGGAGGAAACAGGAUGAUGAAACCUAGCAGUAGACAAGUGAACCCAUGUACAUAUGCCAUUCGAUUAGAUGUAAUUAGUUAGGGGAUUAGUACUAGCGUCAGUGUGU